AUGCUCUCUGGCCUCAACUGGCACUCGCAAAUCAGAAAAAGAGCGAGAACUAUUGGGAUGUCGAGGGUUAAGGAGUUUGUGCGCCGGAUCUCCUCUCAUGACCUGGAGCAGUAUCCAGAUUGGGAUCUUUCCCGUCCUCUCCCACGUCUUCCGGUGCCCGAUCUACGCGUCACGCUGAACCGCUACCUCAGACUGGUCGCGCCGAACGUCACGGCCAAAGAUUUCGAGCGAACCCGACUGCUCGUCGAGGAGUUUGGUCGGGUCGGCGGCGAAGGUGAAAAGCUUCAAGCCAGUCUGAAAGCGCUGGCGGAGAAGAAGGUCAACUGGGUGAGUCUUGCGAUGUUCUGUGUGAAUAAGCUUCACGGCUAUUAG